CUUCCUUAUACUACUUUGAACUCUCACAAAGCAGCAGCCAUGCCCGAUCCGGUCAAAGCCCCCAAGAAAGGCUCUAAGAAAGCCGUCUCCAAAGCCACCAAGACCGGCAAGAAGAAGAGGAGAACCAGGAAGGAAAGCUACGCCAUCUACGUCUACAAGGUCCUCAAGCAGGUCCACCCGGACACCGGCAUUUCUUCCAAGGCCAUGAGCAUCAUGAACUCCUUCGUGUCCGACAUCUUCGAGCGAAUCGCCGGGGAGGCUUCUCGCCUGGCGCAUUACAACAAGCGCUCCACCAUCACCUCCAGGGAGAUCCAGACGGCCGUUCGCCUGCUCCUCCCCGGAGAACUGGCCAAACACGCCGUCUCCGAAGGCACCAAAGCCGUGACCAAGUACACCAGCUCCAAGUGAACACUCACUUGGCUACUCAAAGGCCCUUUUCAGGGCCACCCACAUCUCUAACUGGGCAAUCUUCCACACAUGUUUUCUUAUAAUAUAGAUAACAUCUCAUUCAAAAUUGUGGCUGUGUAUGUCGAUCCCAUGAUAAGUGUCUGUACUUUUGAUAUCAAUAUAGUGCAGUAAUAUUGUAUUACAAUCUACUAUUGUAAGGACUUUAUCUACAUGUUUAUACACAGUUAGCAACAGUGGCAUUUAGUAUUGCAUUUAGUGGUGAAAACUAGCUCUCUUUUAGCUUGGCUCACUAGAAACGGCCUGCAUUUUUGUAGACAAAGUUCACUGGUCUCUUUAAUAUUGGCAGAAUAUUUCUUUGGCAUCUAUUAAGGAUGAGCUGCGUUCAAAUAUAUCCUAAGUAACCUCAAAUACCAGUGGAGCUGACAAAGCAUUUGUUUAUUUUGCCACCUCAUGGAUGAAAGCAAGCCAUUCUAAUAAAGUGGAAGAUCAGUCA